AUGGAAGGAUUACAGAGAUCUGCAGUAUCGUUCAGAAGGCAAGGCUCGUCAGGUCUGAUCUGGGACGAUAAUCUUCUCAAAGCCGAGAUUGAUCGAUUCGAUCAGCGUAAAGCUAAUCAAGACCAAGCAGAUGAAGAAGCGAUGAAGAAGGAAGAUGAAAACGACGCCGUUGCGUCUGUUGAGAAAGUCAAAGAUGAGAUUAAGCCGAUAAAGACGGGCGGAUCUGGAAGUACGAUGGAGAGGAGCAGAUCUAACGGCGGACGCGCGUAUCGUACGGGUAAGGUGUCGCCGGCGAUUGAUCCGCCGUCGCCGAAGGUUUCGGCUUGUGGAUUUUGUGGCGGUGCGUUUGGGAAACGCAAGGAGGCGCGUGCUCAGCGGAAGCCGAGAUCUGGUAAGCGUAAGGUGUGA